GCUUAGUAUUGGCUAAUGACUAAAUAUAGAUAAAGUAUAGAUGAUAAGGUGAGAGCUGCAAUGCACAGAACGGCGAAUGUACGUCAGCUAUUGGAGUGCCGCUCCAAACUCGAUAGCAUCGUUUCAGUGCAAGCUCUGGAAGCAGCGCCCGAUCUUGUGUUCUGAAGCAUGGAGCUGUGGUGCAUUGUGUUGGGCAUCGUCUUAGCAGGAUCCGUGUGGGCAGGCAACCUGUCCGACCAAGACAAGGUGUUGCACGACGUGUUCGCCAACAUCGGUCCCAAUGACCUUCCACUAGAAGAUUCGUACUUCACCAUCCGUGAGGACGGCGCGCCGAAGAACAGCACGCUAUACCGCUUCAACAUGACCAAUGGCUUCCUGAGAAACUUGCACCGGAAAUUGGCGCCCAAAUUCCACGAAGAGUACUGCAAAGCACGCGUGGACCCGGUCUUCAAUAGCCUGUGGGUGAGCUGCGACUUGGACCUGGAGGGCAUGCUCGCCACGUACGAUGCGUCGCUCUCUUACGGCGCACGCGUGGUGCACAACUUCAGCGUCAAUGCCGUCAUUAUCAAGCACUCUGGAAUCAACCCUCCCUUGCUGGCGGUGCACACCUACGGUAGCAAUUGUAAGACUAAUAAGUGUGAACUUAAAGACUACCUCCUUUACAUCACAGCAUUUGAGCUCAACACGACAACGUCUCCAAGGUUCCGUGACUUAACAUCAAAUCCAAAGUUCCAAAACUUUAAGAAGAACCAGACCUUGGCGCAAGAAGUCUGGACAGACUUUAAUGUGAAAAUGUACACUCAUAUCUUGCCUAUCAUCGUAAACAAUUUGAAUUCUACGUAUCGCUCGGAAAUACCGAAAAGAAUGACCAAGGUUGGAGCCUUGGACGAAACGCUCUUUCGCCUGUCUAAUAGGAGACUUGCUGCGUGAGCGCUGCAGCUGUUCGUAAGUAAGGGGGGGGGGGGAGGAAGAAAA